AUGGCGCCCGGUGGUGGUGGAAACAUCAAAGUCGUUGUGCGGUGUAGGCCGUUCAACAGCAGAGAAAUCGACCGCGGAGCAAAGUGUAUAGUGCAAAUGAAAGGCGAGCAAACGGUCAUCUCACCACCAGACGGACACGACGCGAAAUCAAGAGAUGCAAAGGGUGGGAAGGGAGAUUCGGGGCAGAAGGUUUUCGCAUUCGAUCGUUCAUACUGGUCCUUUGAUAAAAAUGAUCCAAGUUACGCAGGCCAAGACGAUCUCCACACGGAUUUGGGAAAACCACUUUUGGAUAAUGCCUUUCAGGGUUACAACAACUGUAUCUUCGCAUAUGGUCAAACGGGUUCAGGAAAAUCAUACUCGAUGAUGGGAUAUGGGAAAGAUGCAGGUGUCAUUCCAAAAAUUUGUCAGGAUAUGUUUGAGAGGAUAGGAAAAUUACAGGAGGACAAGAAUUUGAAGUACACAGUCGAGGUAUCAUAUCUGGAAAUUUACAACGAACGAGUACGAGAUCUUCUAAACCCAUCGACGAAAGGUAACCUGAAAGUUCGAGAACAUCCCUCAACUGGACCAUAUGUGGAAGACUUGGCAAAACUGGUCGUGAGCAGCUUUGUGGAAAUCGAGAAUUUGAUGGAUGAAGGAAACAAAGCCCGUACGGUCGCAGCUACGAGCAUGAACGAAACCUCUAGUAGAAGUCAUGCUGUCUUCACUUUAACUUUGACGCAGAAACGUUGGGAUGUUGGGACAAAUAUGGCAAUGGAAAAGGUUGCGAAAAUUAGUUUGGUCGAUUUGGCAGGUUCCGAGCGAGCGAAUUCUACUGGUGCAACCGGAGCCCGACUGAAAGAAGGCGCGGAGAUCAAUAGAUCUCUAUCGACACUGGGCAGAGUUAUUGCUGCGCUGGCCGACUUAUCAGAAGGGAAGAAGAAGAAAGCGGGAAAGGGGAACCAAGUUCCAUACAGAGACAGUGUUUUGACCUGGCUUCUGAAAGAUUCUCUGGGAGGAAAUAGUAUGACAGCUAUGAUUGCAGCUAUUAGUCCUGCAGAUAUAAAUUUCGAUGAAACUCUGAGUACCUUGAGAUAUGCCGAUAGUGCGAAGAGAAUCAAGAACCACGCAGUUGUAAACGAGGAUGCAAAUGCUCGUAUGAUCCGUGAGCUGCAAGAAGAAUUGGCUCAGCUGCGAGGUAAAUUGACAGGAGGUGAUGGUAGCGGAGGAGGAGGCCCAGCGGAUGAGGUCUAUGCGGAGGGUACGCCUUUGGAGAAGCAAAUGGUCACAAUCGUUUCAUCGGAAGGCAUCGUGAAAAAGGUCUCGAAAGCGGAGAUUACGGAACAACUCAACCAAAGCGAAAAACUCUACUCGGAUCUGAACCAAACAUGGGAACAGAAAUUGCAAAAGACCGAAGAAAUUCAUAAAGAGCGAGAAUCAGCCCUGGAAGAAUUGGGUAUCAGUAUCGAAAAGGGGUUUGUUGGAUUACAUACACCAAAGAAGAUGCCCCAUCUUGUGAAUUUGUCGGACGAUCCCCUACUAGCAGAAUGUCUUGUAUAUAACCUCAAACCGGGGCCAACUACCGUUGGAAAUGUCGACACGAAUGCAGCUCAAGCUGCCGAAAUUCGACUGAAUGGAACUCGUAUAUUAGACGAGCAUUGCACCUUUGAGAAUGGCACCGAUAAUGUGGUAACUCUUGUGCCAAAUGAAGGGGCGGCAGUGAUGGUUAAUGGGCAGAGAGUCGAAAAGCCAACUCGAUUGAGAAGUGGUUACAGAGUUAUCCUUGGCGAUUUUCACAUCUUCCGAUUCAACAAUCCGACAGAAGCUCGAGCAGAGCGUGCAGAGCAGAGCCUUCUGCGCCACUCUGUUACUGCUAACCAGUUGGAAAAUCUGAAAGAUUGGGACAAAUUCUCGCCUUCAUCCACCCCUCGGCCAACUCAUGAUCGAAACUUCAGCAAAGCUAUCUCCGACCUCGACUUUGAUGGCAGUAGUCGGGCAGACUCUCCAGUGCCUGGGCGUGGUCUUUCUGAUUGGUCAUUGGCACGACGCGAGGCUGCCAGUGCUAUCUUAGGCACAGAUCAGAAGAUUGCGGGCUUAUCCGACGAAGAACUGAAUGUUUUAUUUGAGGAUGUUCAACGAGCAAGGGCCGAGCGUGCAAAUGCAAAUGUGGAGGAUGACCUGGACUCGGUGACUUCAUAUCCUAUACGAGAAAAGUAUCUUUCAAAUGGUACCUUGGAUAACUUCUCUUUGGACACUGCACUCACCAUGCCAUCGACACCAAAGCAAGGAGAAGUUGAAGAUCAGAUGCGUGAAGUCAGAGAAGAGAUGCAGGUUCAGCUAGAAAGGCAAAGGGAAGAAUUUCAUGAGCAAUUAGAGACAGCCAAAACCGCAAACGUCGAGGUUGAGGAAAUCAAGAAAGAGAAAGUGAGGAUGGAAGAAACACUGAAAGAAGUUAAAAACGAGAUGCUCAAACAAUUGGAGGUUCAACGAAAAGAAUACGAGGAGAAAUUACAAGAGUUAACCCCGGUGAAGUCAGGACCAGACGGCCCACCUGCACUUUCGGAAAGAGAGAUUGCAAUUGCGGAGAAAGUGGCAAAACAUUGGAAAGGAAGAAGAUACGUACGAAUGGCUGAAGCUGUCUUUCAGAAUGCUGUGACGCUGAAGGAAGCCCAAAUAAUGAGUCACGAAAUGGAUGAGAAUGUUGUUUUCCAGUUUACUGUUGUUGACAUAGGACACGCGUUAUGUUCUUCUUACGACAUGGUUCUUAAUGAUAUAGAGGGAGAUGAUUUUCAUCUCGAGGAUGCGACUAAACCUUGUAUUGGCGUACGGAUUAUAGAUUACAGGAAUAGCGUGGUUCAUCUAUGGAGUCUUGAUAAACUUCAGGAUCGAGUUCGAGUGAUGAGACAAAUGCAUCAGUACCUUGAUCGUCCAGAAUACCUUCAACACUUUCGGCUGGACAACCCGUUCAUGGAGACUUGCAUGCCACAAUACACUCAUGUCGGAGACGUCGAAGUUCCUCUAUCAGCAGUCUUUGAGAGUCGGGUUCAGGAUUUCACCCUUGAUGUCCUCUCGCCAUUUACGAUGCACGCCAUUGGUAUCAUCAAGCUUUCCCUGGAACCAUCCUCAGCAAAAGCUCCUUCAAAUACUUUAAAAUUCAAUGUUGUUAUGCACGAAAUGAUAGGAUUUGCCGAGCGAGAAGGAACAGAGGUGCAUGGUCAGCUAUUUAUCCCUCCAGCUUCCAAUGAGGGUGGUGUCACGACGACCCAGAUGAUCAAGGAUUUUGAUGAAGGCCCAAUUCGAUUUGAAAGUGUACACAGUAUGAGUGUGCCGAUGUUUGGUCCUACGGAUGUUUCUCUUCGUGUGGCUAUAUUUGCUAAAGUCUCAUCAAUGCACCUAGACAAGCUUUUGAGUUGGGAUGACAUGCGAGAUAAUGUCCCACAACCUAAAAAGAAGCGUAAGGGUGCUCGUAUAUCGGAAUCACAGUUCUUUUCUGAAGAGAAGCAUGAUGUAUUUGCCAGGGUUCAAAUACUAGAACUAGCAGAAAGUGGUGAUUAUCCACCUGUCGAAGUGAUACAAACAAGCGAGCUUGAUCAAGGAACCUACCAACUUCAUCAGGGUCUACAACGCAGAAUCGUUGUUAAUCUGACACAUAAUUCUGGCGAUGCUUUACCUUGGUCGGAUGUCACUGGUUUACGUGUGGGACGAAUUCAACUUGUUGAUCACAUCGGCAAAAGUCCAGAUCUCAGUUCCCCAUCUACUCCACCCCUUUACCUUAAAUUACUUUCGAAGCCUAUUGUCAAAGCAAAUGCAAACGGCACCAGCAAUGUUACUAUAGUCGGGAAAUGGGACUCCAGUGCUCAUGAGUCUUUACUCCUCGAUCGCGUCACAGCAGAUAAAUAUAAAGUUCAAAUGUCCCUUGCGUGGGAUGUACGAUCUGAGAAACUAUCUCGCUCAAUGACUUUCACCCUGGAUGUCUGCUCUCAAAUCAUGUCGCGCAAUUAUGUUCGCUCUACAUCAAUGUUCGCAUCGUUGUUUCAAAGCGUUCGGAUUGUUCAUUCUAUGACCGGUAUUUACUCGAUAUCGGUCCGUCCAAUGUCAAUUAAGAGAGCCGGCGAUUUGUGGAGAGUGAAUACAUCAGAAGACUAUGUCAAGGGAGAAGAAGCUCUUACCAAUUGGAAACCGAGAGGUGUUAGUUUGGUUAAGGAUUUCAUUGCAGCGAGAAGGAGGAAACAGAGGUUAGCAGAAUUAGAUGCUGCUCAACCUUUGUUAAAUCGUAUUGCAUCGUUACCUACGCCGAUAGUAAUACCGGCUUCCUUAAGUACACCAAUCAAAGACCAAGAUCCAACUGAAAUACCACUUCCGGCAAGUCCACCGGCUACAAAUGGAGAGUUUUCAUUAUCGAUAGAUGAGGCCUUUCUGCCAUCCGUGAACAGAGAUACUUCAUCUACAAAUGGAAAUGUCGAAUUCAAUGAUGAGACUACGGAAGAUAUCGUUGCCGAAACAGAUGUCAACUCCGAAUCUCAAGAUCAAAGCGAAAAUCAAGAACAGCCUCAGAUACAACCCGAAUAUAAUUUCCACCAAAUCGCUCUUCUUCAAAAAUUCACCAAAUUCUUCCAUCUGUGCCGCGAUCCCUCAAUAACUAUCCUCACACCCACUAAUACUGAACCGCCUACCAAUGGCUCACCGGCUCCUUCUCUCUUACAUACAGCCUCCUUCACCUCCAAUACCUCCCGCUCAAAUUCUCCCCGACCAUCAAACUUCUCAAAUUCUCUCCACCCUUCUACUGCCAAUUCACGUCAAACAUCCCGAUCCCGUCAAACAUCCCGAUCCCGUCAAACAUCACCUAUUCCCCACGCACAUCCUAAUCCCACGCCCUCGCCCCAACACCUAGCAACCAUUUCCCACAUCAAAAAGAAUGCUACUCUAAUCAAAGGUGGAUAUCUAUUGGUCCCCUCAGCGGAUAGUACAAAAUGGGUUCGAAGAUUCGUCGAACUCCGACGCCCUUACCUCCAUAUCCAUGCCGUCGGCGGUCCCAACAGCGGCGAAGAAGUAAACGUCGUAGGACUUCGCAACGCGCGCGUGGAUCAUUCUCCCGAAAUCGCCAAAUUACUCAAGAACUCUAGUCAAUUUUCAAGUCGGACUAGUAGUCCAGGUGCUGGUCAACAGCAGCAGGCUGGUGGUUGGACUAAUGGUAUCGGUGGGAUUUAUGGGGGAAGAGGCAGAAGUGGAAGUUCCAAUAGUAUUUUGGGUUAUGGAUAUGGAUAUGGUGGGAAGGCUAAUGGGGAGAGAGGGAGAGAAAUUGAAGAAUGUGUUUUUGCGGUCUAUGGGAUGAAUAAUACGUGGUUGUUUAGGGCGAGGAGUGAGAGGGAUAAGGUGGAGUGGAUUUGGAAGAUUGAUCAGGGGUAUUUUAGUAGUGCGGGGAGGAAUGGGAAUGGGAUGGGUAAUGGGAUUGGUAAUGGUAAUGGUAAUGGGUAUGGUAAUGGAGGGAGGGAUGAUGGGAAUGGAGGUGGGAGUGGGAGUGUGGGGAGUGAUGAUGUGGAUGUAGAUGGGGAGGAUUAUUUGGCGGAUUGA